CUUCGUUUUUAUAUUUCCUUCUGUACUGUGUAUAGUCAAUAUGUCGUUCACAGAGGAAGAGUGUUCGAAGAUGAUCUUUUUCGUGCAGCUUGUUGAAAAAAAUCCUUGUCUGUGGAAUCACACAAUGAAAUCUUAUUCAAGGGCAGAUGUGACAAGUUUGGCUCGGAAAAAUAUAGCAACUGAAGUGAAGGAAACUGAACAGGUUUGUCGUGACCGAUGGAAAAACAUCCGCACUGCUUUUGGAAAGUCAUUGAAACCUUUGAAAUCAGGAUCGGGAAGGCUAAAGAAAUCAUAUUAUUUGGCCCCCCACCUCUCAUUUCUUCGCCCAUACAUGAAAGGGGCUCCUUCUUCUGGGAAUGUAUCUCCACUUGAGGAAAAUGAAGACAACAUGGCAGCUUCAAAUACAAUGCUGACCACCACAGACCAUCAGGAAAUGGAAAGUUGUGAAAUUUCGGAAGAAAUGUGUGAUUUGGUUGAUUGUGAUGUGGUGCUAAAAUCAACUCCUAAAAGAAAAGCCGAAGCCAGCAACAGCGAUGCCCAUAAAGUAUAUGCUGACUGGCUGGAAAUUAAACAAUUUAAUGAAAUGAAGAGAAACUGGGAGUCAUCAGCUGGUGAUGCUGACUGGAUGUUUUUUCAAUCCAUCCUCCCUGAUUUCAAGAAACUUAGUGACAGGCGUAGGAGAGACCUGAAAGCAAAAUUCCUGUUGCUUUUGAAUGAGCAGCUGGAUGAAGCUGAGAAUGAUACAUCGUGAUUUUCCUCAUCAUAGACUGCAUCUAAUUAACAAAUUUAUGCCACUGCUACAAGAUUGAUGAUGACAGAUUUCCCCUCAAAUCCGACAAUGCUUCUUGUGAAUACACAUCAAGCAGAAUUACAUUCUACCUUAGGAUAUGGAGCAGCUGUUACUUUUUAACUUGUAACCAUCGUUUACAUUAUGAGGUGACGAAAGUAAUGGGAUAGUGAUGUGCUCAAAUACAGAUGAUAGUAACAUUAUGUACACAAGGAAUAAAAGGGCAGUGCAUUUGCAGAGCUACCAUUUGUGCUCAGGUGAUUUGUAUGAAAAGGUUUCUGAUGUGCUUAUGGCCACACAACAGGAAUUAACAGACUCUGAAUGUGGAAUGGUAGCUGGAGCUAGAUGCAUAGGACAUUCCAUAUUGGAAAUCGAGAAUUCAAUAUUCUGAGAUCCAUAGUGUCAAGUGUGCCGAGAAUACACAAUUUCAGGCAUUAUCUCUCACCAAGGACAAAACAGUGCCCUGUACUUAAUGACUGAGAGCAGCAGUGUUUGCAUAGAGCUUGAAAACAAAUCGGUUAGACCCUAAAUCUCUGGAAAAUCACAGCCUGGUGAGAUGAAUCCAAGUUUCAGUUGGUAGGAGAUGAUGGUAGGGUUUGAGUGUGGUGUAGAGACCUUGAAGCCAUGGACCCAGGAUGUCAACAAGGUAUUGUGCAAGCUGGUGGUGCCUCCAUAGUGGUGUGGGCUGUGUUUACAUGGAAUGGACUGGAUCCUUUUGUCCAACUGAACCAAUCAUUGCUGGAAAUGAUUAUGUUUGGCUGCUUUGAGACCAUUUACAGCCAUUCAUGGUUUUCAUGUUCCCAAACGACAAUGGAAUUUUUAUGGAUGACAAUGAUUCAUGGAACUGGGCCACUGUUGCUAGAGAAUGGUUUGAAAAACAUUCUGAAUGUUUCGAGCAAAUGAUUUGGCCAUUCAGAUUGCCCAACAUGAAUUCCGUCGAACAUUUAUGUGGCAUAAUUGAGGGGUUAGUUUGCGGCAAAAUUUGCACUGGCAACACUUGUGCAAUUAUGGGUGGCUGUAGUGGUAGUGUGGUACGGUAUUUCUACAGGGGACUUCCAGCGACUUGUUGAGCCCAUGCCCCAUCGAGUUGCUGCACUACGCCAGGCAAAAGGAGGUCUGACGUGAUAUUAGGAGGUAUCCCAUGACUUUUGUCACCUCCGUGUAUAUGUACAGUCUUAGACGUAAAACAUGGCCGCCAGCCGGCUGCCACAAGACUAAGUCCAAGUUUUCCACUUAGUCUCUCGUAAAAGUGGCUGCUCCUUAGAAUUCAAAAUCUGCAUGAUCUGGCAACACUGUAAGAUGUGGAAGAGUUUACUCAAGCUGUACAGUGCUGUAUCUGCUAGUGGUCUAGUUGUAAACGUCGCACAAUGGAGAUUCCUUUAUUUUUGAACUGCAAUUUGGCUGUGUAUUAAAGGUGUAAGUCUGAUGGAACAUCAAAAAUAAUGUUACAUUUUCUAAGUACCACUAAUAGCAAAACCACAAACAAAAGAGCUCAUCGCUGUGUUGUGAUCAGAGCUGUUUCUGCUACACUUUCCUUGUCCUAAAGUGGCUACUGCCAUUGGGCACCUUUAUGCCAGCUACUGUCUGACCAGCUGAUCAUGGUGCACUUUGGCACAUUUCUGCUUGUACAUUGUUAGGAUAAAAUUAUUUCUUAUUGUUCUUUGAUUUUCCAUGCAGAGUACAUUCCAUAAAUUGAGUGAACACCAUGCAGCUACACAGGAUGCUUAGUUUGCUGUGGGUGUGUUUAUCAAGUACCAUUUUCUGAUUUAAAGUUCUAGUAUUUAUUGUGGGGCUGUAGAUUGGAAUUUGUUUACUUCAGUCUUAUGGAAGUUGCUUAAGCAUUAUAAAACAGUUGAAGGUGGAAGGAAAAUGCCUAACAUUUGGGACAUGUUGUUCACUUUGGGUUUAAUUGGGGGGGGGAAAUUGGGGGUGCAGUGCAACAGAGGUGGAAGCAAAUCAAAACAUUUGUUUCAUGUCUGAGGUGAGUAUGUAAUAGUAAUGUCAGGAAAGGAAAGGAUUUUCAUGUUUCAAGAAAGUUCGUUUUCCUGUGAAUGAUUUUCCAUAUUCAGAAAGGCUCAAUAAUUGACAUAUAAGUUGAACUGCAGCAUUUGCCUGCAAGAGGUUGGGUGCAGUGGCACUGCAUGUUCUGAUUCAAAGCAACAAAAAUCAACGGGGUGAAUACUGUUACAUUUGUAUUCAAGUAUCAUCAGUUCGCUCAUUGAACAUUCCUUUCCAAUAUUGGUACUGUGACGAUUUUAUGAUGCCUUUAUGUUAACUUCAUGAGAAGAAAUCAGUGGCUGACCCCAUUAAAAAAAGGGAGGCAUUUCCUUGAGGAAAAGGGAGUGUGAACAGAUAAUGUCUUGCAUCUAAUGCUAAAUUCACUCGAUAUUUUCUUGCCAUUUCUGUUGAACAGUCUGAGUGACUUAAAAUGUGACAUGGGAUAAGCGAUUUAGAGUUUUGCACCCAGUGAACAUGCUUCACACAGAAAUUGCAGCUAAUUUCAUGUUUUACAUUGAGGUUUAUCUGUCCUAGCCACCGCUGGGAGAGACAAAUGCCAUAGAUCUUUGCUAGCUCAGAGGUGAUGGGGUCAUACUGCAAAAUAAGUGCAGCAUCUGGUCUUGUUUCCAUUCUCAAUGUAGGCCAAUAUUUUCCCUAUUCUGUGAAAGAGCCUCCAUCAGCCAGAUUCCAAACCAGUAGGGAAAACUUAAGAAAAUUCCUGCAUCAUAAGUUCUUUCAUUACUGCCAGUACCACAUAUUGUAAGGUUGAAAAAUGUAUGUUAUUGCACAAUUGAUAAUGCCCUUUUCUGAUUCUAUCAAGAUAAUUCUUGGUUUUUGUAGAGACACUAUUUCAUAUGUGAAAUUGUGGUAGUGAAUAGUUUCUUAACUGGACUCCUUCAUUUGUAUACUCCAAAUAUAUAAUUUCCAUACUACUUGAGUAUAACACAGGGCAUCAUGCCAAUUCAGACUGCUUUGAAGACCAAAGUGUGUGCCAGUAAUAUCUUACAAAUUUGUGCUGAUGUUGGUAUGUCUGUUUUACAGAUAAUUUAUUUUUUGAUAUUUGUGUAAGGUUAUAGUUGUAAACAGUAAUUUAUUUGUACUAAGGCAAUGCAUAUUUUAAUAGCGUUUUUCAGUAGUUUAUUGUACACGAAAAGUAAACAUGGCACAAAUUAACAUCAACAAUACAUAUCUCUUACAUUACAUAAAACAGUCUGGCAGUGCUCAAGUAGUUUACCAGUUGCAAACCUAUAGAAACUUAAACACUUAAACAAAUUUUGUUAGAUUGAAAGUCUGAUUUUCCACACAAAAUAACUUCAAUAAAUUGAGUGAAAACCGUGCAAUUACACAACAUGUAUAGUGUUCUACAACUGUAUGCAGAGUCCAAAACGUAGCUGCAUGGCAAAAACUAGAACUUUAAAUAAGAAAAUGGCACUUGAUAAAUACAUUUGCAGAAUCUUAUGCAUCUUGUGUAACUGCACAGUGUUCACUCAAUUUAUCAGAGUUAUUUUGUGUGGAAAAUAACAUUAUAAUAAGAACCAAUUUUACAGUAACAAUGUGAGAGCAGAAUAUGGCAAAGUGCACUGUGUCUUGAUCAGAUCAUUGGAUGGCGACUGAUGUGAAGGCACCUGGUGUUGGCUGCCACCGUAGGGCACGGGAAGUCCCAAGCAUUAACUGUUAUGAUCUUGGCGCAGCCACAAGCUGUUUUGCGGAAAGUUUUGUUGUUACUGGUGGGGUAGAAAGUGGAGAAAAUUAUCUUUGAGACCACAAGACUGAUACCUUUAGCAGUCAGCCAAAAUGCAGUAUUAACAAAAAGGGGGGGGGGGGGGGGGGGAGGUCAGCAGUGAGUGGAUUUGAUCUCGAUAUUUUCCCGAUACUUUCCGUUAUCAUUGUGCAGCCUUUACUUCUAGACCACCAGCAUUUACAGCUAGAGUAGAAGACUACAUUUCCUCCUGAAACUUCCACAUCCUACAGUGUUGUCAGGUCAUGCAUAUGGUUGUACUUAGAAUUUUCUGGUGCAGCCAUUUCUAUUGGCACCUUAAGGGAGCUCACUCUGUGUCUGGGCGGCUCAGCAGUGAAUAUGUUUUAUGUCUAAGACUGUACUUCAUCAAAUAAAGUACAAUACUAGGUGGUCUUACUAGAAAAGAAAUUUUCAUUGUGGCAUUUUUAAUGUCGCUCACACUUGCAGCAGCUUACCUUAUUGUAAUGAGUAGCUUCUCAGUGGAACAAAUAGAAGGUCGACAACUUGCGUCUAGCUUUGUCAGCAUUUUAACUUCUAAUGCAGAUGAUUUCUAUUAUUUGAGACAGUGGAUAUAAUAUUAUGGCCUACUCUACAUAAACUGAAAUUAUGAGAAGUAGCAGCACUCUGAAGAUGGCCUAUUUUACUGGUUACAAGAUGAACAGAUUGAGAGUGUUUGAGCUUUGUAUGCUGAGAGAUAUGCAUAUGUAGACGUCCAAAGAUAGCUGAUUUAUCUGUAAAGAUGCCACACUAUUACUGUAUUCCAGGAUGUUAAAGCAGUUAUGUUCCAGUGGCGAUAAAAGCUACAUCAAGGUGUUUUGGUUCCCAGCAAAUAUGGACACACAACAUUGACUGGCUGAAAGCAGUUCCAAAAAGAGACUUGGUUACCUUCCAAGAUAUACAUGGUCUGUGCUAAGUACUGUGGAGAACAGGAGAUAAUAAACUUCAAUAUGUUUAAAGAUAUGCUGGGAAAAAAAGCUGAAAUACCAAAAGAGCUGGACUCAAAUGAACAGGUGGCACAAUGCCAAGAUUUUUUGCAGGUGUGCCUCAUUAUUUAAGGGCUAGGAAAGAUACAAAUGAAGGAAGACUGAAGUGACAGAAAGACCUUCAUCAGAUAAAUGGAAAGUGCCUUACAGAAAAUGUGAUUAAAAUAUUUACAGAUCUAAGUGAAAAUGUAGGUAGGAUUAUGCACAGUGACAUUUGAUGCCAUUACUGUAACUAGCAAUUCAGUAUGUUUCUAUAGGUUAUCAGUGGAAGGAAUUCCAAAAAUUCAAUUUAGUGCAAAAACUGAUAAGUUUAUGUGUGUCAAAGUAUGCGUUAAGAACAGUAUUGCAAGUGCCCACAAUAUGCAAAGAAUACUUGAAAGUAAUGAGGUGAACACAGCUAGAGAACAUUCUGCAGAAGUAUGUUACAGGGAAAUGUAUAGUGAGAGUUGUGGUCAUGCUUGUGUCACAAAACUAAAAGACUGUGUUGCAUAUUUGGAGCAAGUUUUUACUGCAGACAUUGAAAACGGAACUCAUGUCAAUUUCUUGUGUGAGCAAAUUACACUAUGUGGUAUGUAAAAGUAAAGAUACUCUGUCAAUAUGUUUUUGUAAUCUUUCUUAAUAUUUGAACAGUCCAUUUCAGUAUAUAAUGCUCUCUUUGUCCAAACUUUCUUCUAUAUCUACUGCAUCCAAAGCAGAUACAAAAACUUGUUUUUCCUUACAGUGGAAACAGGACACUUUGCAAGCCCUGUAGAUCCAGCAGUCUCUUGAAUAACAUUUUGUUGGCACUGCCUUCCUGCAGAGUUUGUAGGUGCAAUGCUGUAGCUGUCCAUGCCAUUCCAUCAGUCUCAAACUCUUGGUAAUCAAUAUCAGCUCUCCUUUCAGCAUUUUGUAUUAUAGCAACACUGCAAAAUUUAGAAAUUAUGAGAAAACACAAUGUAACAAAUAUAUAAAUUAGUUUUAUGUUUCACAGUUAUACAAAUUGUAAUAUUUUACCCACUUUGUCAUCUCCUUCUAUGACUAAUAGCAUUACUUGCAAGUCGUAAAUCAAUACCAUAUCUACCCCCACUAUUACAGCAUCAUUGUAGUUGGAAGAAACCCUUGGUUGGUCAUUAUCUACACUGCUGUCUGAUGAAUCACUACUUGAAUGUGCAGCAGGAUUGUAUUCAUUGCUCAAUAUCACUUUUGUUUUCUCCCUCUGGAACACUCUAUUUCAGACUGAGUUGAAUGUAUCUGAAGAACUUAUAGUAUCAUCUGAAUGCCUAUCAGUGAGACAGCAUUCCAUUAUAGUAAGUGAACACUGAUCAUGCUAUCCUGUACUUUACAGUUGCACAAUAUUUUGUUUUGUGUUUAUAAUAAUUUUUAACUGUUGAAAUCCCACUGUUGCCCAUUUAACAUGUUGACUUCUGCACAUCUAGUGAUGGGUGUUUCAUUGCCAGGCCUGUAUGGCAGGAUAAGGUACCUGCAAUGUAAUCGUCUUGCUGGGGAUAAUACACUACUGGCCAGUGAAAUUGCUACACAAAGAAGAAAUGCAGAUGAUAAACUGGUAUUCAUUGGACAAAUAUAUUAUACUAGAACUGACAUGUGAUUACAUUUUCACGCAAUUUGGGUGCAUAGAUCCUGAGAAAUCAGUACCCAGAACAACCACCUCUGGCCGUAAUAACGGCCUUGAUACGCCUCGGCAUUGAGUCAAACAGAGCUUGGAUGGCGUGUAUAGGUACAGCUGCCCAUGCAGCUUCAGCACAAUACCACAGUUCAUCAAGAGUAGUGGCUGGCGUAUUGUGAUGAGCCAGUUGCUUGGCCACCAUUGACCAGACGUUUUCAAUUGGUGAGAGAUUUGGAGAAUGUGCUGGCCAGGGCAGCAGUCGAACAUUUUCGGUAUCCAGAAAGUCCUGUACAGGACCUGCAACAUGCAGUUGUGCAUUAUCCUGCUGAAAUGUAGCGUUUCGCAGGGAUCAAAUGAGGGGUAGAGCCACGGGUCGUAACACAUCUGAAAUGUAAUGUCCACUGUUCAAAGUGCCGUCAAUGUGAACAAUAGGUGACUGAGACAUGUAACCAAUGGCACCCCAUACCAUCAUGCCGGGUGAUACGCCAGUAUGGCGAUGAUGAAUACAUGCUUCCAAUGUGCGUUCACCGUGAUGUUGCCAAACAUGGAUGCGACCAUCAUGAUGCUGUAAACAGAACCUGGAUGCAUCCGAAAAAAUGACAUUUUGUCAUUCAUGCACCCAGGUUCGUCAUUGAGUACACCAUUGCAGGCGCUCCUGUCUGUGAUGCAGCAUCGAGAGUAACUGCAGCCAUGGUCUCCGAGCUGAUAGUCCAUGCUGCUGCAAAUGUCAUCGAACUGUUCAUGUAGGUGGCUGUUGUCUUGGAAACGUCCCCAUCUGUUGUCUCAGGGAUUGAGACGUGGCUGCAUAAUCCGUUACAGCCAUACGGAUAAGAUGCCUGUCAUCUCAACUGCUAGUGAUACGAGGCCAGCUAGUGUUCUGUAUCACCCUCCUGAAUCCACCAAUUCCAUAUUCUGCUAACAGUCAUUGGAUCUCGACCAACAUGAGCAGCAAUGUCACGAUACGGUAAACCGCAAUCGCGGUAGGCUACAAUCCGACCUUUAUCAAAGUCGGAAAUGUGAUGGUACACAUUUCUCCUCUUACAUGAGGCAUCACAACAAUGUUUCACCAGGCAAUGCCGGUUAACUGCUGUUUGUGUAUGAGAAAUCAGUUGGAAACGUCCUCAGGAGGACAUACAGAGAGUUGUUACAGGUUUCUAACAUUAAAAAAUGCAGUUUAUUUGGUGCUUCUUUUGUUAUCCGAUUGUCUAUAAAUGAAAAAUCCUAAUUGCAAUUAAUAAAAUCAAUGAUACAUGUUCCUCCCAAUGGAUGGACGAAAUAUUAGCCAUUACUUUGCCAUGAAGUUGUUGAAAAUCACAGUGCAGAGCUUAAAAAGUGAAAUUACAUAUAUGUGUUGUACAUGAUAACUUAACAAUUAAUCAGAUGAUCCAAAUCUUAUGAAAAGUGAGCCGUUACAUUUCAGUACCCUCCAAAAAGGUAUUGUGCAACACAGGUUGGACAGAACUUUUGUAGGCAGUCACGAAAUAGCUAACAAAGUUGUAGGUGUUGCCACCAGAGCCAACGUUGUGUGAAUGCUCUGAAAAAUGCUCUGAAAAGCUAAUCAUUUGCAUAUCACAGAAUCUUCUUCCUGUCAGUUAAAUUUCGCGUCUGUUGCACAUCAUCUUCAUGGUGUAGCAAUUUUAAUGGCCAGUAGUGUAAUUGUCAAAUAAAGUAAAUCAAAGUAAAAGUCUAUACAAAUGUAAAUUUUGAAGUUGGAUGGAUGUAACUCAGAUUCUUCAAAAAGAAUGUUGGUGUGAACUUAACUCGUUGUCGUUUCUCCUCUGCAGUUGAAUGUUCCCAUAAAUUUCUUAAGUUAUAAUGGGCCAGAGAACACCAUGGUUUCCUAAUAAUGUGAAAAAGCAAAGAAAGAUUCAGGGGUACACUAACUUAUCUGACAUUACGUCACAUAGUGCAGCUCAAAGUCUCACAUUGUACUCGCCCUUUCACACGAUUUCGUGUGGGUCGUAUAUACCUUCAGUGAAAAUUCAAAUAUUGUUGUAUAUAGUAAUUUUGUUAAUUACAAUUGCAGAGGAUGUUCAAAAUCACAGAAAAUGUUAUCAUUCAAAGAUUACAAUUGAAAUACUUUGCAGGAUACAAAGUCAAACACAUAUUUGUCAUUUUCAAGGAAAAAUAAGUGAAAUGAUUCAAAUAAAUAAUGCUGAUUAUAUUUUCGUUAAUUGCACUGAAACUAAAUUAUCCCAAGUAUUCCUACCAUGUUUCCUGCUUCAAAUAUAAAUACGUUAGUUGUUAGUGUAGACAUAAUUUCAAUAUUAUAAUCCAGUAACAUAAAUAAACACUUUGUUUAUAUUAUGAUUUAGUUUAGUACCGCGAAUUACUGUAAUUGUGAAGUAACUAGAUCCCAUUAUGUGAAACAGUAGUAUAGUAGAUUGACAGUAUGGCAAACAGAGUUGUUUCAGGAUGUCAAAUUAAAUACCUUUCAGCUGUCAAUUUUCAACCUUAUUUUAAUUGGCAACCGG